GCUUAUUCCCUUGUAUAUAAAUCGCCACGUCUUCUCUCCAUCCAACGCCUCUCUCUUCCUCUUCUUCUUCUUCUUCUUCUUCUUUUCCUGGUUCUGCUCUGCUUUCGAGAGUUCGCAUAGUUUAGUUUGGCGGCUAUGGAUAUCGAUCUGACUCCGAGGCUGUCGAAGAAAACGUACGGUGGGGAUGGGGGCUCCUACCACGAGUGGUGCAGCGAGGAGCUGCCGAUGCUCCGCGAGGCCAAGAUCGGGGCCGCAAAGCUCGCCUUGGAGAAGCAGGGGCUCGCGCUUCCCAGCUACUCCGACUCCGCCAAGGUUGCUUACGUCCUCCAAGGAAGCGGUACUUGCGGAAUUGUGUUGCCGGAGGCGACGAAAGAGAAGGUGCUUCCCAUCAAGAAGGGGGACGCUCUUGCUCUCCCCUUUGGCGUCGUAACUUGGUGGUUCAAUCCGAACGACGCUGAGCUUGUCGUCCUCUUCUUGGGAGACACCUCCAAGGGCCAUAAGGCUGGAAAAUUCACCAACUUCCAGCUCACCGGCACCAAUGGCAUCUUCACCGGCUUCAGCUCCGAGUUCGUCAGCCGUGCCUGGGACCUCACCGAAGACGAGGUCGAGAAGCUGGUCCGCAGCCAAACCGGCGCCGGCAUUGCCAAACUGAAGGAUGGCCAGAAAAUUCCUGAGCCCCGUCCUGAAGACAGGGAAGGGAUGGUUCUCAACUGCGAGGAGGCUCCACUGGAUGUCGAUAUCAAGAACGGCGGCCGGGUCGUCGUGCUGAACACCCAGAACCUUCCCCUGGUGGGCGAGGUUGGGCUUGGGGCUGACCUUGUGAGGAUCGACGGCCAUUCCAUGUGCUCGCCGGGCUUCUCCUGCGACUCUGCUUUCCAGGUGACCUACGUGAUCAGGGGGAGCGGCCGGGCUCAGGUUGUUGGCGUCGACGGCAAGCGGGUCCUGGAGACCAGAGUGAAGGGAGGGUGUCUGUUCAUCGUGCCAAGGUUCUUUGUGGUGUCCAAGAUUGCUGAUGCUGAUGGCAUGGAGUGGUUCUCCAUCAUCACCACUCCUAACCCGGUGUUCAGUCAUCUGGCAGGGAGGACGUCGGUCUGGAAGGCGUUAUCGCCGGAAGUGCUGGAGUCUUCGUUCAACACUACUCCAGAGUUGGAGGGGCUCUUCAGGUCCAAGAGGACCUCGGAUGCCAUCUUUUUCCCACCUUCCAACUGAUGAAAGAACUAGUUUCCUUUGUUUGAUUGGCUAAUAAAUUUCCCAAAAGACCUUGUUUUCAGUUGUGUGGUUUAGUCUCAACUUACGGUUUGAGACGUUUAAUAAAAGUCCUUGAACAUUGCUUUAGAUGUUAAAGUUUUGGUAUUCAUAUGUGCUCCUUCUUAGUGCAAUGGUAUCUUAGAUGUGCUUGACAUAAUGUUCUGUUUCUUAAACACUUGCUUUGAAAUGGACUUUGUAGAAAUUUCUAUGCCAAAUGAAU